AUGGACAACACCAAGGAAUCUGCCACGGAUGAUCUCCUACUGAACAAUGGAUCCGAAGAAGCUUGUCGAAAAGAAUUGGAUUUGAUUGGUCGAAAAUUGGAUAAAACCAUGAAAUCCAUACAAAAAGCGUUAAACGAUAUGGAAUCGAAGUUCUCCUCCAGUAUAGCAGACAUGGAUCGCGAUUUAAACAAACUAGAACAGGACAUAAACCGUAUGAUGGAGUCGUCCACGUUGAAUACAACAAUUCGAUCAAAAUUGGAUAAACCAAAUCCAACCUUGAGCGAAUUAGACAUAAAUGGUAAAAAUUGUCCAUGA